UUGUCGUCUGUUAUCCCCCGGUCUGGAGACGUAUAAAUCUAAUUUAUCAAGUAUCAAGAGAAACUUAGCUGCUAUUGAAGUUUUAAGGCUUGGGAAUGACAUAGGCCAGACUGCACUUUAAGCUGGUAAAGAUGAACUGGGUUGGUGGGGCAAGGAACAGACUCAAAAUGAAAGAUGAAAAGCAGCGACAAAAGGAAUUCUUUGAGAAGAUGAGAUAUGGAAACAAAGUGAGACAAUUGAGCAGAUCUUCAGCUCCCCAAAAGGCGAAACUUCCAGCAAGCCUUGACCUGCUGUCAUUACAAGCUGCCGACUAUAGUGCCACAAAGUUUAGAAAAAGUGAUACCAUGAAGAGUUCGAAAAGUAAAGUGAAGAAGGUUGAACUAGACCGAAGCAAGGGGCUCUUCCCUUUUCAUCACCACCAUGAUGAUUUGGAGCUUCCCAUGUCUCCUUGUGCCCCAUCCAAACUGCAACUAGAUGAUUUAGAUCAAAGCAGAAAUCUUGAUGGCCGUCAUCCUAAAGAGGUGACACCACAAGCCAACACAGUACCCUUUGUAUCACCAUCACAACAAAUAGACCAGGAAAUCUACAGAAUAAAAACUGCAGAGGAUUCAAAGUUACAGUCUCAGUGUAGUGGACAAAGUCAUCUGAGCUUCCAGCCAUCAAGCCCAUUUCACAGCACGCCAAUGGCACAAGAAUUCUUCAAUGCACCACAACAACCCUUGAAGCACCAAGGGAAACACUUUGAGGAUCUGUUCUUCAGCUUUGUACCCAGUGACACCUCGAAACCAACGCAAGACCCGCCUGAGGAAUUCUCCGCAAUCAGUAACGACGGUGAUGAGUUUGACUACAGCCCACUGUCCUCCAUUCCAUCUGAGUCAAGUGUUACUUCAUCCCUUACUGUGAAAAGUCCUUCUUCCCAGUUUAAUUCUACAAUUGAGCACAACCAGGUGCCACUUGUCUCAAAAACCAGCACCCUACCGUCACAAGGAAAACAACUUGAAAGUUCAAGACCCAUCUGCAGUCCCGUAGAUCUCACACAGCAUACAGCAUCAUUUCCAAUAAUGAUUGACAGCCUCCCCAACGAGGACUACAAAUCAGACUCCAGCCUCUGUGGUCACAAGCGGGAAUCUGCCCAGGCACAAAAGCCGCUGGACAACCCUGGGUCGAAUCAGCAACAAGUUGAUCUGAUGUGCAAAGAGAAAGCCAGCUUCUUGUCGCCGUUCUGUAAACAGGCGGAAGUUUUCACCUCGGCUCAAGUGAGAUCAAGAAAAAGAAGGCUGGGCUCAGAGAUAGCUUUCUCUGAUACACAGAGUUGUGAAAAAUCUGCAAGCUGCAUAGGACUGUCAGAAUCAUCAAGCAACAUGAGCAGCGGAAGAGCAAUAGAAAAAGAGCAAAAGUGGUUGAGAAAGGAUGACAUUGCUUUAAAUACAGUAGGAAACUCCUUUGUAUCAGGGCACAAAUUUACAGAAAACUCAACCACUGGCAAUGAUGAGAGAAAUGUUUCAAAAGCCCCCACCAAGGCAAUGAGCAAAGUGUGUGAACAAGUUCUAAAGGAGGUUCUACAACUUGACAGUGAAUUGUGCCAACACAGCCCACUUCAUCAGGAUUCAUCUUCACACCGAGGAUUACAGCCACCAUUGAUGGAAGUCAUCAAUUUACCAGUCAAGCAAAACAAGCUCGAAAUGGAAAAAUUCAGUUGUCAAGUUGCUGAGGAGAAAGCCGUUGACGAGAAACUAGUCGAUGGACAUUCAAAGGAGUCCUGUGAUCAACAGGUACCGAAUCAGAGCCAAGAGCUUGCUGAAUCUACACCCACGGGUCGCACGCCAGUGAAGCUUGGCGAGUUGCAACCGAAUGCGAGUAUCGAUGAAAGUCAGAUCCAAGAGUACACGGAGAACUGCGAAAAGCAAGGUGAAGGAAACGGUGCCGAUUUGUCCCAUGAUGGUGCGACAGAAGUACAUGUACACGAAAAAGUUGCUUACCAUCAGAUGUCUGCUAACAAUGAUGGAGGCACGGAAGAAUCAGAAAGUCAGUCAACGGGCACAGAGCCCGACGUUGAAACGCUCGAUGACCACAUAUUUAGGCCUCUGUGUGAGGACCAGGCCACACAAUGCAACAUCUACAUCAUUCCAACUGAAACUAAAGCGACUCUUUGUGAAAUCCAGGAAUUUACAAGUGAAUCACAGCCUGGAAACCGCAAAAUAAGAAAAUCAGAGCCAAUGUAUGAUGCAUACAAUGAGUGCACACUUUCAUGAGAAUUGAGCCUAAUACCGAGUGUUGUAAAUAUAGGGCUUUGAAUUAAACCUCAUUACAUUUAGGAGAAACCUUGUCUUAAUAGAUCACCAGAUAUGAUUUCUUACCAGUAAUUACAUUUAAAAUAAUAGGGUGUUGCCCUUCUCCAGUAGCAAAAAAAGAAGGGCAAAUUCUAAAUGGAAAAAAGGAAAGUGUAGUGUCUUGCAUAACUUUUCCUACACUGCGAUAUUAUGUAGUCAAAUAUUGGCCGACAUUCACCACUAAUAAAUCGCUCGCAUUUUGUGCGUGAUCCAUCAACCCUUCUAAUGAAGUAACCAAUACAAUGCACACCAAAUCACACGUUCAGACAUGAAAUACGCUUUACUUACAUUAUUAGAAUUAGAAGUAAAUUGUUCUCUUGCCUGUGGCAUAUCUAUUUCGAAAGUUCGAAUGUAUUGUGAUGUGGGUUAAAUUAACACACCUUUAAACAUGAUGUUGGUAUUUUUAACAGCAUUAACAAACCGAUUGUGUUCCGGACCUGAUAUCUGAUCUAUAAGUUGUACUUAUGUCAGCGUCAUAUCGACGUAGUUUAUUCCAUCCAGCCUGAAUGCACUGCUUGAACUUCAACUUUUUGUCUGGCUUAGGUCAUCUGCCGGCCAAAUACAUACAGAGAAAAGAGCGCGUCGCGUGAUUCGUCAAACCGCCUUGAUUACAACAGUCAAGUCUCAUUUGACGAGAGUCUCAGGGAACUGCCGAUGCAGUGACAAAUGGUGAUUACAUUAUGCUGUUCAUUGCUGCUGCCAUGCUGCCACCCUGCAGACUGCUAAGAUUCCGACGUCAUAUUACAAUGAAAAACUCAAAAGUUCAAAUUCGGCCAUGAUAUUUCCUGGAUAUUUUAAUUUUAAAUAAAGUUUUUGAUCAAUGUAAUUUCAAAGGGAAAUGGGUACGGCGCCAAUUUUCGGAUGCAGGUUGAUGAGAAAUCAGAACUUAUUUUCAUGUUGCCUUUCAUUCUGACCUUGUCUAAACUGUUGACUAAUUUUUCUGGCCAUGACAUCCUCGGUAUGUUAGAGUUCAGGUUGAGAUUUGCCUGCAAGGAGCAUCGGUGACGUCAGGUUUUUUUCCAAGAAGGAAUAUUUCGGGAACGCCCACCAGCAUGAAACCAUAUUGAACUAUUAA